UCGCGCCUGCCUAACCUACUUCGCCGAACCGCACAUUUUAAUUGAUCAAAUUUCAGAAAAAAAUAAAAUUUGACACGACGGUGUAUAAUAUAUUUUAUUGUAUACCAUUGUUGUCCGCCAGUCGUCACUGCCCUGGUCGCGGACAACCGUAGAAACCCGCUGAGAAUUGUCGACACAGUCGCACGCUAUUCCGCCGUCUGUGCGUUUUUUCAGUUUCUCGUAUCGUUCUUUCGUUCUUCUCUUAUUCGCCCAAAAUGACCACUAACGGCGAAGAGACCACUUCGGAUCGCAAUGUAGAGAUAUGGAAGAUUAAGAAACUCAUCAAGAGUCUAGAAAUGGCCAGAGGUAAUGGAACAAGUAUGAUAUCAUUAAUUAUACCACCUAAGGAUCAGAUUUCUAGAGUGAGUAAAAUGUUGGCUGAUGAAUAUGGUACUGCAUCAAACAUCAAGUCACGUGUAAACAGAUUGUCAGUAUUGGGUGCUAUUACAUCAGUACAGCAAAGAUUAAAACUUUAUACUAAAGUUCCGCCUAAUGGAUUAGUUGUAUAUUGUGGAACCAUUGUGACUGAGGAAGGUAAAGAAAAGAAAGUCAAUAUUGAUUUUGAGCCAUUCAAACCCAUUAAUACUUCUUUGUACCUUUGUGAUAAUAAGUUUCAUACAGAAGCACUAACAGCACUAUUAGCAGAUGACAAUAAAUUUGGUUUCAUUGUGAUGGAUGGUAAUGGUGCAUUGUUUGGUACAUUGCAAGGAAACACCAGAGAGGUUCUUCAUAAAUUUACUGUUGACUUACCAAAAAAACACGGUAGAGGAGGUCAGUCUGCUUUACGUUUUGCUCGUUUACGUAUGGAAAAACGACACAAUUAUGUACGCAAAGUGGCAGAGGUAGCCACUCAGCUAUUUAUUACAAAUGAUAAACCUAAUAUAGCUGGAUUAAUAUUGGCUGGUAGUGCAGACUUUAAAACAGAACUUAGUCAAUCUGAUAUGUUUGAUCCUCGGUUACAAGCUAAAAUUAUUAAAUUAGUUGAUGUAUCUUAUGGUGGUGAAAAUGGUUUUAAUCAAGCAAUCGAAUUAGCUGCUGAAUCAUUACAAAAUGUUAAAUUUAUUCAAGAAAAAAAAUUAAUAGGACGAUAUUUUGAUGAGAUCAGUCAAGAUACUGGAAAAUAUUGUUUUGGUGUUGAGGAUACUUUAAAAGCUCUAGAACUUGGAUCUGUAGAAACAUUAAUAUGUUGGGAAAAUUUAGACAUUCAGAGAUAUGUCUUGAAAAAUCAUACAACAGCGGAAGAAAAAAUAUUACAUUUAACACCAGAACAAGAAAAAGAUAAAACACAUUUUACAGAAAGAGAUACUGGAGUAGAAUUGGAAUUAGUUGAGUGUCAGCCACUUUUAGAAUGGUUGGCUAAUAAUUAUAAAAUGUUUGGAGCUACCUUAGAAAUAAUCACAGAUAAAUCACAAGAAGGAUCACAAUUUGUUAGAGGAUUUGGUGGUAUAGGAGGAUUAUUACGUUAUAAAGUUGAUUUUCAAAGUAUGCAGUGUGACGAUUUGGAUCCAAAUGAACUUUAUGAUAUUGACGAUUAUUAGGAUGUUGAAUGUUUAAAAGAAUACCCAUUGAAUACUUAGGGCAACUUAAAAUAAGUACCGUUCAUAUUAGCUUAAGCAUGUUGGAAAAAAGAAGAAUUCUAUUAUAAUUUUAAACAUAAUUAUUUCCUUACUUUGAUGUUAUCUUUUUAUUUAAAAGUAAAAAAAAUAAUCA